AUGCUUAAGGCUUACGGAGAAGAUGGCUUCUAUGGUACUGAUAAAGAUCAGCGCACCCAAAUCAAGUUUGCUCUAAACGACCUCCUAGCUGAAGUUAUUUCUGAGGCAGACGGCAUAGUGCUUACUCUUGCUGCUGUAGCUAAGGUAGACAUGGCGACCAACUUCAAGCCUGUCCUUGUAUCUUGGACGAAGCAGCUCGUGCGACUGAGUUAUAUUCUUUUCCGUAACCCAGCAACUAAUGCGCCAAGACCCAGCGUAUUAUAUGUUAUACGCCGCACUCCGACCCGACCAAGCCUGGCGGCUGAUUUGCUAGCAAAUGCGCGUGGCGCAGCUAUGAUCCAAGGUACUAUAUCACUAGAUGAGGAGGACGAAGAAAACUGCACUUUCAUACUACCCGGAAUACAAUAUAAGCUUGGGGAGUGGCGCUGGAGAGAGAAGGCAAUCGCGGCAGCACUGGAGGCGUUUACUGCGGUCAGGGAGGAGGAGAAGCGAGUAUUUGGAGUGAAGUCGUUCUACUACUACAAGGAACAGCUCGUACUACUGGGCAUUCCGAUGCCAGCUGUAGUACCGGAUCCGGACGUAGUAGACGACGAGGGACUCGAGCAGGGGGGGGAAGAGGGUUUACUAUUUGCUGAGGAAGCGGAGGAGGCGGAGGGGGGAAUAAGGAUGUAG